AUGAUGCUGACACUAGCUGUGUUGGUACUGAAUUCGAACACUUACGAUUGCUAUUUCGCAGUACAGUAUAGAGAAGAUUAUGACGAGACUAAAAAUCCGUUGGUCUCAAAGAAAUUCACGGUAUCAGCGACGAACAUGAUUGAGGUUCCUAUACCAUCCUGGUAUGGUUGGAUGUACGAUUCUGGAGGCAUGCAGGACGACAAGGUUCUUCCAACAACAUGGGCUAAAUAUGGUCAAGUCUAUGCAUUCACACUUCCACCAGCCUCGAGUGAUGUAAACCAGAAUCAGCAUAUCUCAAUCAUUCCUACGGAAGGAGACGUCAAAGGAGUACUGAAAGUUGGAAGCGACUCAUUGGCAUUCACAGCAAAACUCGCUGGCCCAACUGCUUAUUUCAUGACAAAAACACCAAAUUCGCAACCGGUGACUUAUAAGAUAGAGGCGGACGGUCCGAUAUUGAUUCUCGCAGGUGUUACAUGUGCCGGAAACUACAAAUCUUGCGAUCACGCUGCAUUUAUGCCUCAACCUAUGCCAAAGUCAUUAUGCCGGUCGGAAACGUCCUAUUCCGAAAAUCAUCCAAGCUUUGUCCAAAGCCCUGUUAGGGCUACUGACGGAGGGCUUCAAUUCCCGUUCUCGCAGGGUUUCUACGUAAAUACUCCGCAGAACUGCCCACCACAGAUGAUGACGGUUUCGCAGAAGCAAUAUCAACUUUCUGAUUCGGAGCAGACACCUCUUCUCUUCUUUAAUUCGACUUCCGAACUAGCCGUAAAUAUGCAUGUAGACACUGCACCAAUCAACGUUGUUCGCUAUGACAAUCGUUUCGAUCAGGGAUGGCAGGGAACUUUCAUUACUACAGUACCGUCGACAAAUCAGUACAUCAGAGGUAAUUCGAGCUUUUUCACGAAAAACGACAACGAUACUGUAGAGGUCGUCUUCGCGAAAAACCUUUACUUUCUCAUGAGUCUCGAUGGAUAUAGUAUUGUUGACUUUGAACUUGAUUUGCGAGCAGUUGGCAAGAUAGAAAACGUGGAUUACUUGGCAGCUAUCCUUACCGUACCAAAAAGAGGAUUUCACGUGAUUUCCUUUUCCUCAACUUCCGAUGGCCCUUACGUCUACUGCGUAACUGGACGAAAUGAAAACUCCAUGUAUGGUUACUAUGGAGGCAUGAACAUUCUUCCAACAAAAUGGGCGAACUUCGUCUAUGCAUUUACACUUCCACCCGCCAGUGAUAACCAGAAUCAGCAUAUCACAAUUAUUCCUACGGAAAGCGACGUUAAAGGAGCACUGACAGCUGGAAGUGACCAAUUUGCAUUCACAGCAAAAAUUAAUGGUCCAACUGUCUAUUUCAUGACGCCAACAACGAAAUCGCAAUCGAUGACCUAUAGGAUAGAGUCGGAUAUAGGCGGUCCCAUAUUAAUUCUCGCAGGAGUGACAUGUGCUGGAAAGUACACAGCCUGCGAUCACGCUGCAUUCAUGCCUCAACCUAUGUUAAGACCAUUAUGCAUGUCGGACAUGUCCUAUGCCGAAGACCAUCCAACUUCUAUUAGUAAUAUUACUGGUUUCUACGCUAAUAUUCCGCAGUUCUGCUACAACCAGAAUAUGACGGUUUCACGAGGACCAGUAUCAAAGCAAUAUUCACUUUCUGAUUCAUCGCAAACGCCUUUGCUCUCCUUUGAUUCGAGUUUCGGAACAGCCGUAAAUAUGCAUGUCGAUUGGGCACCGAUUAACGUUGUACGCUACCACGAUAUGUCAGGACUGGGAAAGCAGGGUGCUUAUAUUGAUACAGUAGCAUCCACGAAUCAGUUCUUCACUGGCAAUUCGAGCUUUUUUACGAAGAACGACGGAGAUAAGAUAGAGGUUGUCUGCGUGGUUACCGUUUGCCUAACCAUGACCAUUGAUGGAAAAAAAAUCACUUCCUACAAUCAAGCUAUGACAACAAUCGGCGAGAUAGAAGGCGUAAAUUACUACGCAUUCGUCGUUACCAUACCAACGAAAGGAUUCCAUUUGAUUUAUUCUACUGCCGAUGACCCUUACGUCUACUACGUAAUUGGACGAAAUGAGCACUCAAUGUAUGGUUACAUUGGAGGCGUAAAUAUGCCAGUCUAUCCUAAUACUACAUCACCUGCCACAACAGCCUCAGGACCAACGACGGCAUCGACGCCGACUGUGAAAUCAAGUACAUCUCCGUCGUCCAGCAGCUCUCCAAGCAGCACUAGAACUAGCAGCAGUUCUUCGACUCCGAGCACGACGAAGCCCACAACUCAUCCGACAUCGAAACCUGUAACAGCUCCAAGUACCAGUAAAUCCACAACCAGUUCUUCUACUCCAAGUACUUCGUCUACUUCUAAGCCCUCUCCUACCACGGCUAACACAGCUAGUAGUUCCCCUAACACUCCAUCUCUGGCUACUUCUUCUGCCAGUACCGUAAGUUCAGCCUCAAGUUCUACUCCUUCAGCUUCGCCGACAAUGCCACCAACAAGUACGAAUACAUCACCUACUAAUACCCCAAAGCCUCCUACUCAUCCGAACAGACUUACAACUUCUACAGCAAUGACCACUAACGCACAAACUUUGCCAUCGAGUCCCACCACGAAGAUAACGACUAGAUCGAGUGCUCCUCCAGGCAGCAAAGCUUCGACAAAUACGAAUACAAUACUCGUCGCGACUCCUAUAGUCAACACUGCAAAGGAAGAGUACAAGCAGGACAUAAAGAACUUGUACGAACUAGAAUCCCUCGGUAUCAAAGUGGACAAGGACAGUGACGAAGAAGCAGUUCUGCAGUUUAUGAACAACUACAGAAGCACAAUUUCAAUUGAAAAUGGACUACUCACACCUUUGCUUACCACGGCAAAAACGUUUCUUCAAGACUUACACAAGAAGAAACUGGCGUGGGACGAUCCAUUGUCAAAGGAAGACUGCGAUACCUGGGAUGCAAUCAAGAAAAAUAUGGUCCACUUCUCCAUCCAACUACCUCGACGAGUAACGCAGCAAGAAGGAUGCACAUCCCGCACACUUUCAAUGUUCGUCGACAGCUCGAAAAGAGUCUAUGCUUGCGUUGCUUACAUUACAACGGAUACACAAGCUGGAGGGCGCUAUACAAGACUAUACUGCGCAAAGUCAAAAGUGGCUCCCAUCGGAACAACUCAAACAAUACCAAAGCUCGAACUGCUAGCCAUAUUUAUCGGAAUGAAUUUGCUGGAAUACAUUGUAACCAAGAGCGGACUGAAGUUCGAUAAAAUCAACCUGUUCAGCGACUCUACCAUAGCGCUCGCCUGGAUCCACUCCAAAAAACGACUUCCUUCUCUUGUUACCAACUUGACACAGAAGAUACAGCUGACUAGAGAACGUCUUGAACAAUACCGGCAUGUCCAAAUCUACCAUGUUCCCACAGAAGAGAAUGUUGCUGAUCAUGCAACCCGCGGUCUUUCACAAGCAGAAGCUAAUGAUCACGUAUGGUUCAAAGGACCUCGAUGGCUCAAUGAGCAAGAGCAACAUUGGCCUGUUCGUCAGGUAGAACAGCUAAGUCAAGCAGAAGAAGAAGACUCUCUCGCAAUAAUUGCCACUAUGGUAACACCUCUCAACACCCUGACAAGGCAACCAAGAAUCUGGCCUACAGAAGCAGUCAGUAGCUAUGACAAGCUCAAAAGGAUUGUUGCCUAUUCCUUACGAUUUGUACGCAAAAUCAGCAAAGGCAAACUCUACCAACUUGACGAGCACUGCGAAACGUUCGGCGGCAUUCCGAAUGCCCAAGAGAUGAUAAUCGCAGAACGCCACCUACUUCGAGAAGAGCAACAGCAGUCUGAUCUGCAAUCCUUCAUAAACAGCUGCAAAAACAAGACCAUCAAGGAAGACCUAUAUGGAAUUACUAGAAAAUUUGGUCGCUUGCAAAACUCGGAUUUGAACUACGACACCAUCAAUCCAAUCUACCUUCCCCGCAAAGGACUACUGAAUGCUAGAAUUGCGGCGCAGCUACAUAACGACUUGUUUCAUUGCGGUGUCAACCAGCUAGUCAACGCUCUCCGCAAGAAAUUCUGGAUCCCAGCAGACAAAACUCUCUGCAAAAAGAUUGUCCUCCUUUGCGAGAUUGAAGCUGCCGUAAAUUCACGACCAUUAACGACAAUCGGAGAAGGUGCUGACAUCGAAGAAGUACUUCGCCCAAUCGACUUUGUCUACAAGAACAUUCGACAUGGCAUAGAAGUUAUACGACAAGACGAACAACAUCAGGAAGACCCUUCAUACCAACCUACCCCAGAAAUUUCAACGCAAUUGGACGCAAAGAAGGCCAUUUCUGAUGCAGAAAAACUUAUCAACAAGUUCUGGGACAAAUGGAAAACAGAAUAUCUUUUGGAGCUGCGCGAACGGCACGUACUCUAUGGAAGCAAUUACAAAUCAUCGAAAAAUAAUCCAUGCAUUGGCGACAUCGUGCUUAUCGAUGAUGAUCUGAAGACAUCCAGAGACCACUGGCCAAUGGGUGUGAUCGAGGACUUAGUCAAAAGCAAAGAUGGAGAAGUACGAAGCGCCGUACUUAAAAUCGGAACUGGGAGAUGCGUACAGCGUCCCAUCAAUCGCCUCAUUCCAUUGGAAAUUCGUGCCACAAUGGAUUCGAACGCAAUGGCAAGCACUUCACACGACAAUGAGGAACCUCAGAGUAGCAUACAAGCUCUACCACAACGCAAACCUCUUGAAAGAAAGGCUAAAAAACCCAUCAAUUAUAACGAAAACGUGGUAUUGCCGAAACGUCGUUUAUGGAAUGCGCUCAGCAUUUUACUAGCCUUGACAGCAUGCAGCAUUGUACAUUCUGCACAAGGACAAGUGCUGAACUGCACGAACACUGGAUUCAUACUCAACUUAUCGUCGAUUCCGGACGUAAACAGCAGGAGCGAAGUAUGUGUCAAUCGCAUUCAUUGUCAGAGCAUACACACGGAUCAGCAACCCAUACAAAGAUAUCUACCGCCACAUCAGCUAACUAACCCAUAUUCCGUGAAAUGGCGUGCUAUCAUGAAUACCACACUAUACGAAGAGGAAGUGAUGUGCCCAGAGCAAUCAGUGUGCAAUUCCAUACAUUGCACAUUCUGUCCCCUUCUACUCGGCAACCCACGCUGUUUUCCGAAAACAACCAUCGCAGUGAUAGCUACGAUCAUUUACAUCAUUACACUAUUCACCACCAUCUCAACAUAUCUGGUGGCACGUGCAGCAGUCAUGCUCAAACAAAGAUGCCAUUCGCUCAAAGACUCGAAGCAUACAACGAUGGAUUCCACGACAACAGAGCAAGCCGAAAAUGUGGAAAUGCAUUCGAAUACCGAUACGCAAGCACGUCCAAGGAAAACUUCCGGCGGUCAUUUGACAAGAUCCAAGCUCAUCUUCUCGCUUUCAAUACUGGCUGUAACAAGUUGCUGUCAGCACACCCAUGUUCUCAACACCAAGGAUCUGAUUUGCACCGACUUUCUUGGAGAUUCAAGAUGUAGGAAUGUCGAGGAGCAUACCUUCGCAAUGAGCAGCUUCAAACGCGAAGUUUGCAUGAAGAUCAUGUACAAAGGAGAACUGAUCGCGACAUUACAUAUACAACUCGACAGCAUAAGAUUUGAGUGCAUACCUGUCACUCACUUCUUCACCAGAAACGCUGAACUUAUAACAGUCUCUUCCAAACGAUGCGCUCAAGCCGGCAGUUGCACGCAACAAAGAUGUCGCACAAUCGCACAAAACUCGUUCGUUCCGGAAUUAAACGGCUCAUACCACCUUCCUGGAGUGACACGAUGCCAAGAAUCGUGUGGAGGAAUUGGUUGUGGGUGCCUCUUACCAAUGCCAGGCUGUCUUUUUUCCCGUACCUACUCAAAACCGAAGGACGACCUCAUCUACAAAGUCUUUUCCUGUCCUGUGUGGAAUGAAAAAGCACGAAUACGAGCUCGAUUAACCUUCGUUACGGGCAAGGAAGUGGUGACAAACAUGGACAUAUUACCGCAAGAAACAGUGAGCAUGGACAAGAUGAACUUUACCCUUGACUUCAUUACGACUCCCACAAUUUCCAUCCUGGAUCGGAAGUUCGUCCAGGUGUACAACCGUACCAACCCGCAGACCAUGAUAUCCCCGUCCGACGACACGUUCGCAGUCAAGUGCAGCACAUCAGAGGUCGCAAAAAAUUUAACAAAGUGCCGUGUCAUGGAUACGUGCAAAUGCACCUCAAGAUCCACACUCGCUGUUUGCUACUGUGCCAAUGUCAACAUCACAGAAAGGAUGGACUCCUUGGAUACUAUGCUACCCCUGCACAACUCAGAAUUUUCUCUGGAAGCCGACGAAAAUCCAGUAACGGUUGUAAGCCACACCUCCAUCGCAGAAGUUUCCUUAUCGACUGAAGCCAGAUGGAAAACUGCUACGGUUAUCAUACCCACCAAAUGCGAGAUCCACGCCUCCGAAGCGAAAGGCUGCUACAACUGCCUCCAAGGAGCAAGACUGGUCUUCACAUGCACUUCCAAAAUCAGGACAAUUGCGGAAGUUGCCUGCACUGAUCAUCACUACACGAUAGAUUGCGGACCGAAAGCAACUAAUACGACCGUACUAAUCAGUUCCAAUACCGCCAACUAUGCUGCACAAUGUAGCACCCAGUGCGGAUCACAAAAACAUGAUUUGCACAUCAUCGGAUCGCUUUAUUACCACUCCAUAUGGAAAGACGAUUUGGAACACGCUAGCAUCGAAACGGCCAAUUACGUGGACUUAAUCAACAUUCCUGACCUCAGCAACAUAGCUCAGGUUAUGUCUCACUGGUGGACCACUUCGCUUACAGCAGCAGCUGUAGUAGCAUUGUCAAUAGCUGCCACACUGAUCUGUGGACCUGCUCUGUUUCGCAAAUGUAUGUUCUUCUAG